UGAAUUGGUGAAGCGGCUGCCUCAUCUCUCUCUCGCGACAGAGUUCAGGAUGGAUAGUCAGGUGAAGCUUGCAACUGUGGUGAAGGUGAUGGGUCGAACAGGGUCCAGAGGUCAGGUUACCCAGGUGAGAGUCAAGUUUGUGGAUGACUCAACUCGUAUCAUUAUGAGGAACGUGAAGGGACCUGUCAGGGAAGGAGAUAUGCUUACCCUGCUCGAGUCUGAAAGGGAAGCUAGGAGGUUGCGUUGAGUGCUGGUUAUUUUCUGUUCAGGUUUUGAUUUCUUUAUUAUAUUUUCUCCC